AUGUCUUCCCUUUAUUCAACAGUUCACCAAAAGCUUUGGGGAUACCAUAAGGUUGAUAUAGAGGAAGAUGAAGAACAAGACUUACACCCUCCACGAAUGCUUGGUCGCCAUUAUAACUCUACCUCGGGAUCCGUUCUGGGUGUUGUUUCGCCCUACCUAGGAUGGGCGCUGGCCGUCCUUUUCGCUGUCGCCCUUGUGGCUAACCAACGGUUCGAGAAGCACAGCAACCUGGAUUCCCCACUUAUGGAGGGAUUCAACAUGGACACUCAAGUAAUCCGUGUCAAUGGCUCUCUUGACUGGCCGUCGCCUUACCGCGGACCUCCAAGUCCCGAAGUUGAUGCAGCAUGGAAUCGGAUAUCGAUAAUACGGCCACUUGAUAUACCACUAACACGAGAUGAAUUCCUACGCCUCGACGGCGAUGCCGAGACAGCAGUUCAAAAUGCACCAGAGCAUGGCGGGCAGUACUUCUUAGUCCCGCAAUCAACGCAUCAUUUCCAUUGUUUGAACCUUCUUCGCAAGUCAACACGUUUCAAGUUUGACUAUUAUGACGCCUUUGAUCCGGAUUUUACGAAGAACCGUGAAAUGUUUGAAAUGCAUUUAGAUCACUGCGUGGAAAUCCUUCGUCAAUUCAUCAUGUGUCAUGUGGAUGUUGGCGUUGUCACCUCUCACUGGAUCAAAGGUCAUAAGAAGCCAUGGCCCAAUUUCAAUACUGAACAUGUUUGCAAAGACUAUGAGCAAGUGUUGGAAUGGACAGAGCAGCAUCAGCUUCCCGAGAAUACCCCGCUGAUGCCUAUGAAGCCGUCUGGAGUUUUUGAGAUGGAUUCCCCUCCAUAA